UUGAGGAGGAAGACAAAGGCCAGCAUGCUCUGCUUUUCUCUGCUGCUGCUACUGCUCUGGGACGUGGGGUCUCAUGGUUUCCCAGCAUCUGUAGAAACACAACAGCAGGAUGUGGAGAUCGUCCAGAAAUACCUGGAAAACUACUACAAUUUGAAGAAUGAGAGACAAAUUGAAAAGCAGAGAAGCAGUAGUAGUUCAGUGGUGGAAAAGCUGAAGGAAAUGCAGGAAUUCUUUGGACUGAAAGUGACUGGAAAGCCAGAUGCUGAAACCCUGAAGGUGAUGAAGCAGCCCAGAUGUGGGGUGCCUGAUGUGGCUCGGUUUGUCCUCACUCAGGGGAACCCUCGUUGGGAGAAAACACAUCUGACCUACAGGAUUGAAAAUUACACACCAGAUUUGUCAAGAGAAGAUGUGGACCACGCCAUUGAGAAAGCCUUUCAACUUUGGAGUAAUGUCUCACCACUGACAUUCACCAAAAUCUUUGAGGGCCAAGCAGACAUAAUGAUUUCCUUUGUCAGAGGAGACCAUCAUGACAACUCUCCCUUUGAUGGACCUGGAGGAAACCUCGCUCACGCCUUCCAACCAGGCCCAGAUAUUGGAGGAGAUGCUCAUUUUGAUGAAGAUGAAAGGUGGACCAAAAACUUCAGAGAUUACAACUUGUAUCGUGUUGCGGCUCAUGAAUUAGGCCAUUCUCUUGGACUCGCUCAUUCUACUGAUAUUGGAGCUUUAAUGUACCCCAACUACAUCUUCAGUGGUGAUGUUCAGCUUGCUCAGGAUGACAUCAAUGGCAUUCAAGCCAUAUACGGAUCUUCCCCAAAUCCCACCCAGGCAACAGGCCCACAAACCCCAGAAGUGUGUGACAGUAAGCUAACCUUUGAUGCCAUAACUACAAUUCGGGGAGAACUGAUGUUCUUUAAAGACAGAUUCUACAUGCGUGCAAAUUCCUUCUACCCAGUUGAGCUCAAUUUCAUUUCUGUUUUCUGGCCACAUCUGCCAAAUGGACUUGAAGCGGCUUAUGAACUUGCUGAUAGGGAUGAAGUCAGGUUUUUCAAAGGAAAUAAGUACUGGGCUGUUCAGGGGCAGGAUGUGCUACGUGGAUACCCCAAGGACAUCUACAGUUCCUUUGGCUUCCCUCGAACUGUGAAGCAUAUUGAUGCUGCUGUUUCAGAGGAAGACACUGGAAAAACCUACUUCUUUGUCAAUAACAAGUGCUGGAGAUAUGAUGAGUAUAAACGAUCCAUGGAUGCAGGUUAUCCUAAAAUGAUAUCUCACGACUUUCCUGGAAUUGGCAAUAAAGUUGAUGCUGUUUUCAAGAAAGAUGGAUUUUUCUAUAUCUUCCAUGGAACAAGACAAUACAAAUUUGAUCCUAAAACAAAGCGAAUUUUGACUCUCCAGAAAGCCAACAGCUGGUUCAACUGCAGAAAAAAUUGACAAACUGUUACAAAGUUAAUGAAAAAAUGUACUUUGUGAGCCUAAGAAAGGUGUUUUCCUGAAGAGCCAUGUAUUUUUCAGUAUUUUAUUUAACUUCUAGAAUCACUAAUACGCAGCUACUAAGUAUAACCUUAUUUAUACUUUAUUUUACAUAUUUUUUACAAUUUAGUAUUAUGUUUUUAUUUACUAAUAUAAUUUAAUUCCACAAAUGGUGGCAAAAGCCGAUCAAGUUCAUGGYUUAUGAAUUCACAUA